UUCAAGCGCGCCGUGGCGGACGCGCUGGUGCGAGUUGUUUGGUUCGGUCAUAGUACAGUCCUUGUUCUAUGGUUCUCUGAUUUCUGGUUCACCGUUUUGAAUGGUUGGACUUGCUGCCGAACCCACACCAGCAUCAUGGAAAACUUGCGCAAGUAUUACACUGUGAUAUACGCGCAGUGUUUUUCCCCUUGCAACAAGUACCUCGUGGCAGCGAGCAGCUACGGGGAGAUUGCGGUCUUCGUAGCGUCCAACUUCUUGUCCGGCGAUGACGAGGAAAACUCCAGGGAACCCUUCUACAAGUUCGCGGCGCACUCGGGCAGUAUUUUCGCCCUUGUCAUGUGCGACGACUUCUUGAUCAGCGGAGCCAGCGGGGAGAUAUUCGCCUGGAACUGGGACAAGCUGAAGAGGAGGACGGCCGAGAAGUGCUGGGCCCUCAGCAUACCGCAGGGCGAGAGCAUCGUCCAACCCGAAGUCAACGCCCUGGUUCUCUCCGGUAAGGACUCGGACCAGAGGCUCCUCAUCGCCGGCUGCGGAGACAACAAGAUUUACGUCUGGGACGUCGAGACGAGAACGCUGCUGUCGACGCUCGCGAGGCACACGGACUACGUUCACGACCUCGCCCUGGCGUCGAACAACACCCAGCUGUACUCGGCGGGCGAGGACGGCGCCGUUCUCUGCUGGGACGUGCGCAGUCUUCAACGCGAGGUGUUCCACAUCGAACCGUUCAAGCAGGAGGAACUGCAGCGUCCGCGCUUCGGCAAGUGGAUCGGCUGCGUCGCGCUGGAAGCCGGCGACGAGUGGCUCUUGUGUGGCGGCGGUCCCACCCUCUGCAUCUGGCACGUCCCCACGUCGUCGCCGGCGACGCCGUUGACCGAUCUCGCGAGGCCCGCGCACGUGGCCCACUUCUACGACGACAUGGUGGUCGCGGGCGGGGGCGAGCCGAACCUCUACCACUGGGACUUCAGCGGUCAGCUCAAGGCGAAGAUCGACACUUCGGCGUCGAGCUUGUACAGCGUCGUCUUUCACCUGGACCCGCCUCACAAGGGACUCUGUGCGGCAGGCUCGAGCUGCAAGAUCGAAGUGUGCACAAAUUUUCUCUACCGGGACUUCUCCUUGCACUUUUAGUGGUGCAGCCUCAUCACUCAAGUCAUGUCCUCGCCAUUAAACGCCUCAUUGUCAAAAAAAAAAAAAAAAGCGAUGUCGUGACCCAGCGGUCAGAGCGUCCAACCUGACUCGGCUGGCGGUCAUUAGUUCGGCACUCAUGGCCACCGGCUAACCCACCCCGGUGUUUGAUGGCUGGGUCUUCUU